CACAGAACAGGGCUUUAUUCAGUAGAUGAUAACAUGAAAUACAUUCACGUUUCAAAUGAACACAUGAGCUAAUCGGAAACUAUUCUGCCCGGCAGCCCAGUGGAGAACUGACAAGCUGCUUGUUUUAGUCUCGUCAACUUCCUCUUGAGUUUUGUGGUCGUUUAUAAAGAUGGCAAUAUUAUUGAAAAUAGAAAGAAAGACUAUUUUCGUCUCAGUGGUUACUAACAUGAAAUGAUACAAAGAGUCGUUUAAAGAUGGCGUUUACGUGUGAAGUACCCAAACUAGCGAUAAUGGUAUUUUCCGUUGUUUUGUUUUUAUCCUGACCGGAAGUCAGAUAGCUGUGAACUGAUGUGAUUCGGGAUCCUGUCUGACCCCGUGUGAAGAAUGGAGGCUACACAGGUGAUCUUUGACUCAUUCCUGGAGUCAGAUGAGUCAGAAAAUGAAGAGGAGGAUGAAAAUAAGAGGGGUCCGCCAUUGGCGAAACUGUGCAUCUUAAAGAAUGAGCUCGUCCCUGAGACAGAUUUGCCCCUGUUUUUGGGAAAUAAUGUGCUGGGCCGUGACCUCAGCGCCUGCACCCUGCACUUGCCAGUGCCCUCGAUAUCUAAGCAGCAUGCCACCAUCAGCCUCUCUGUCUACAGCAGAAGAGGUCGUCACAGUGAAGGGGAUGUAGAGGCUCUGGUGUGGGACCUUGGGAGCAUGAAUGGGACUCGGAAAGGCCGCUUAAAGCUGACGCCUAACGUACGCUACGCCCUCAGUGAUGGUGACAGUUUGCUGGUGGCAGACAUCCCAUGUCAGUAUGUCAGCUGCACUGUAGACGCAAACUCUUCACAAGUGGGCAUGAGGACUCCUGUGAGCAGAAAUAUAGGGGUAAAGGCUGGGUCACCGGAUGUCACUGAAAAAGAGGGAGGUGACAAAAGCACAGACAGCAAGAAAUGUGAAAACAGAGACACAAUGGCGAGGGUGUCAUCAACCAAGACUCCCGUCAGGGCCGGUGGCCUCUUCUUAGAGCAAACUCCAACCCAGCCAGAGGGGACCCUGGUCCCAGAAUCUGACGCGGACUCAGAUGGAGAAAGAGAGGGAGGAGGCAGAGGGCGUAUGGCAUUAGUGUCUGAUUCUGACUCCCAUAAAUCUAGUCCAGCUUGUUCUACAUUCUUGAGUCCCACAAACAAGAUCGUCCCUGAAAGUGAGGAUGAAAGUCCCAUCACACCAUCCUCCUCCUCUAAAAAUAGGCCGUACAGAAAUGUCAGAUUCAGCAACGAAGAGACAGAAGAAGAUGUGGCUGGACAGCGGCUGGAGGAAAAGAAGACACUUGCGAUUAUGGAUGACAGUGAAGAAGAGGAAGGAAGAGAGAAAGAAACAGUCACACCAGAGGAAACCAAGUCUAAGGAAAGUGGACAGCAUGUACCAGUGACACAGGAAAGAAAUGUCAGUUUUAUGGGAGAUGAUGAAUCGCCUGUGUCUACAUCAGCAGUCACCAAAGAUGUGAUCCUUGUACUUAACAUGGACAGUGACACUGACGUGGAGGGAGAGGAGGAGGAGGAGGAGGAGGAGGUGUCAUCUGCAGGUCCUGUGACCUUGAACAUAAACCAAGUCAGUCAGCCACCAAUCACUGCCCACUUUCACAUGGACAGUGAUACAGAUGAGGAGGAAGAUGCCUUGGACAAAGAUCUUAAAGCUGGGACUUCCUCUGAUGACAGUACCAAGCUUUCUCAUGUUAAUUCAGCUAUUCAGCCGGAGGGAAUUACUAUGGACAGUGACACUGAUGUGGAUGACGAUGCUGCUGUGUCAGACGCUGCCACAAAAACAAAGCCCAUGUCAGUUCAGAGUGCGUCCACAGCUGACACUGCUCCUUCAAUGCAGCCGAAAGAUUUCCACCUCGACAGUGACACAGAUAUUGAAGAUGAAGACGAAAGGGAAUGUGGAACAAAUGAAUCGAGCUCUAAAAUAGAUGAAAUUUCCAUUAAAUUGGAAACAAAGCCAGCUGGGCCUGAAUCUGCCGCUGCUGCUCCUCAUGGCCUACAUUUCGAAAGUGACACGGAUGAUGAAGAGAUCCCUGCCCCGACCCUCAGUGAACCCCCGGUGGUGUCUGCUGGAGCCACAGACUCACGCACCGCUGCAGACCGAGGGGUUGCUAUUCUGUCUGACAGUGACACAGACAUGGAAGACGAUUCUCCUCAGGUUAUGUCUGUAGCUGUCACAACCUUGUCGGCCUCUCCUGGUACCAAGCCAGCCGCCCUGGAGUCAGAUUCGGAUGCAGACACAGAUGUGGAGGGGUCAGGCCCGGGCGGAUCCAAACCAACUGACCUCGGAUUGGACAGUGAUACAGAUGUGGAGGAUAAGGAGGCAGACAUCGACGAGGCAGGUGAUGACCAGAUCCCUAACUUAUGCAGAGAAAACACACCUGGGCUGAUGGUUCCUCUUCUGCAGAACUGCUCUACUCCUGUACAACUACCAGAAGGAGAAGUCGAAAAAAUGGAUACUCAGGCUUUCGUGAGUCCCUCUUCAGUUCCAUUUCGGGGUGCUGUAGCUGCUGCUGUAAGACCUGUAGCAUUGUCCUCUUGCUCAGACAGCCAGGAGGACGAGGACUAUUUUGUUGCUGAGACGCAGUCCUUCAUUCUUCAGACCCGAGACUUCCAUAGCAGCCCUCCAGAGGAUCAUGCCAUGGAACCCACCCAAGCUUUUUGCCCUGAAACUUCUGGUGAUGAAACUGAUCAACCGUCCAGCAGAGAAAGAUCUUUUCAACUGGGAUUGUCUGGCAGCAUCCACCGGCAGUGUACGGCCCAAUCUCUAGCCAUGGAGAACACUCAGGCGUUUGUGGAAAGAGGUGUGAAUAUGGAAGAUACCCAAGCAUAUGCAACUACUUCAACUGCAGACAGAACCUCUGCCGACAAUGAUGCAAAUCUGGAGGCUACACAGGAAUAUGAAGAGGACGAGGAGCCUGCCAGAUAUCCUGAAAAAGAAGGGCGGACAGUUUUGGUUCUAGAAGAAACACAGGCAUAUAUUACAAAGCCAGACAGUGAUUCAGAGAGUGAGACGGAUGAAGAUGAGAGAACAAAUAUUACUGCUACUGCUGAGACUCAGCCUUUUGGCUUUACUACUCCAUGUACUCCUACCAUGGCUGAAACCCAACCAUUAUCUGCCUUCGAGGAGGAGGAGAGUGUGGCAGAAGAGAGCGAGGAACGUGGGGGGACACUUCAACCUAAGCAAAGAAUGUCUGGUGAGGUUUUAUCAAUAGCUCAAACUCAGCCUAUUAAUACAUGUAGCAAUGGGGAAAGUGAUGAUGAAGAAGAGGAGCAGACACAGCCUCUCACUGGUUCAGAUUUAUCAGUUGCUGAAACCCAGCCAAUGCACAUUGUUUGUGCAGAAACUCAGCCCAUGGUUACAAGUGAUGAUGAGGACUUGAUGCCAGGCCCACGAAAAAGAAAAGCAAAGCAGCUGUCUGAAGAAUCACUGACACAAACGCUCACAAACUCUGAGGUCUCUGCAGCUGAAACUCAGCCACUAGAUCCAGUUGAAGGUGGGGAAAGUGAUGAGGAUGACUCGAUUCCAGUUUUCAAAAGACGACGAGCAAAACCACUUCAACUUUCGGAGACGCAGUCCCUCUCUGGCCCUGAAGCCUUUGCUGCUGAAACUCAGCCCAUGGCUACAAGUGAUGAUGAGGACUUGAUGCCACGCCCACGAAAAAGAAGAGCAAAGCAGCUGUCUGAAGAAUCACAGACACAAACGCUCACAAACUCUGAGGUCUCUACUGUUGAAACUCAGCCAGUAGAUCUAGUUGAAGGUGGGGAAAGUGAUGAGGAAGACUCGAUUCCAGUUUUUAAAAGACGACGAGCAAAACCAAUUCCACUUGAGGAGACGCAAUCCCUCUCUGGCACAGAAGCCUUUGCUGCUGAAACUCAGCCCAUGGGUGCACGUGAGGGCGAGCAAAGUGACAAAGACGACUCAGUUCCUGGCCCACGAAAAAGAAAAGCAAAGCAACUGCGACUUGAAGAAGUGGAGACACAGCCUCUUAGUGUUGGAACUCAGCCAAUGGAAACAGGUGAAGACAAGGAGAGUAAUGAUGAAGACUCGAUUCCAGGUCCAGGAAAAAGAAAGGCAAAGGCUCUGCAACUUGAAGAGGAGGAGACGCAACCGCUCACGAGUUCUGAGGUCGCUGCUGUUGAAAGUCAAGUGACACAAUCUGAAGUUGGAACCAGUGGAAUCAGUGUUAGGGACAAACGAUGGACAAGGGCAACAAUAAGAGAGGGGGAAGAACAGACAGAGUGUUCAGAAUCUCCAAAGAGACAAACGAGAGGGAAGAGUAAAGCUAUCAAAGGAAGGAGGGGUAGAUCUGGGCCUGUUGAGGAUGUAAGUGAGGUAGAGGAGGAGUUAGAGCAGGGUAGGAGAACAAGGGGGAGAGCAUUUACAAGGCAACAGAAAGGCCAUGAAGAAGAUGGAGGAAAGUCUGAAUUUGAAAGAAAUAAACCUGCGGAGAAUAGCAACAGAAUAAAGAAAAAAAUAAACGCAUUGGGAGAGGAGAGAGGUGUUGCAGACCUAAGAGAUAAAGAGAGACAAAAGAGGGAGAUUGAGGAACUAGAGAGGCGUAGAAUGGAAGAACAAGAAAAUAAGGAAGAACAAGAAAGAUUGCAUGCUGAAAACAUGGAGAGGAUACGACUUGAACAGGAAACAGCAGAGAAAGGGAGAAAGGAACAAGAAGAAAUGGAAAGAGUGGAGAAAGAGAGUAAGGAACAAGAAGAAAAGGAAAGAGUGGAGAAAGAAAAAAAGAAACGAGAAGAAAGAGAAACAGCUGAUCGAAUACAAAAAGAAAAAGAAGAAUUGGAGAAGAAAAAAAGAAACAAUGACGAAAAAGAGAGAUUGGCGCGUGAAAAGGCAGAAUGUGAAGAGAGGGAGAAAUUGGAAAGGGAAAGAAAGGAGCAGGAAGAGAAAGAGAGAUUGGAAAAAGAAAAGAGGGAAUUAGAAGAGAGACUUGAGACGGAGAGCAGGGAAGAGGAACACCAAGCAAGGCUGCAGAGGGAAGAAAGAGAAAGACUGGAGAAAGAAAAAGAGACCAAAGAAAAGCCAAUAAAAGAACAACAAGAAAACAAAUCCAAAGUGUCAAUAGGAGGUCGAAGAGCAACGAAAAUAUCUACAGUUGCCGUAUGUUCAACAGAGCAGGACUCGGCUGUAUUGGCCGAAGAUGAUGUCCCAGCGAGGAGAACCAGAUCUCGCUCCAACUCCUCCAACUCGAUCAGCUCCGAGCGUUCUGUGUCAAGCGUCAACACCCAGCAGGGCCAUGGGAGAGGUCGAGGCAGAGGAGCAAGAAGGACCAGUGAGCCACCUAAGACGGCCGUCGUGAGAAGAGGCAACAGGAGGAGGACUGUGGCUGCAGAGACAACAGAGCAGGACAAUAAUGAUGGUGUCCUUUCCAGGUCUAACUCCUCCAAUUCUCUCAACUCUGAUAUUUCAAGCUACAGUGUGAGCUCACAAAGCCGAGGAAGAGGAGGCAGACAACGGGGAAGAUCAAGGAUAACCGAAGCUGAGCCAGACUCUAUCCCUCCUAUCAAUAGUCAGAGUGAUCGGAAUUCUGCUACCAAACCUGCAGCCAGAGGUAGGAAGGGCAGGAAAACGGAGCCAUCCUCUAGUGCGGUUCCUCAGGAAGAUGAUGCAGAGAACGCAGAUUCACAGCAGGCUCCUACCACAAGGGGACAGCGCAGAGCCACGACAAACAUCUCUGAAUCCACUGCUGCAGACGAGGAGAAGCAGUCCAAUCAGGACGAAGGUCACGGCAGUGAGGAAUCAUGUCCUCCUAAGAGGAAUGUCUUGGGCAGAGCCCAAAAAUCAGGAGCUUCUGCAGCCGGUAAUGGAGUUGAGGGUAAAGACAAAAGACAAGGCAGGAAGAGAGAGCUGGAGCCAAAUAUAGAGGAGGAAUCUCACAGUAGCACCAGCAUUUCUAUAGUGAAAGUCCAAGCAGUAGAGACAACACAGGAAGGAGGAAAAGAUGAAAGUAAAGAUGAGAAUCCUGUCCAAGCCAAGAGGAGAGGUAGAGCAUCUAAUGCUCAAGUCAAGAAGGACACAAAUGCAUCUCCUGUUGAAGUGGAGUUGAAAAUAGAGAAGGAGAAUGUCGAGAAGAAGGGCAGAAGUCGGCCAUCAGCGGUCCAGAAAAAAAGGGAAGAGGAGCAGGAAGAGAGUGGAACAUCUGCCAAUUCCACGACACGGGAGGCCAAAGUGCAGACUCCAGAGCCACAGACUCCAACCAGCAGAGUAUCCCGGAAGCGACAGGCUUUUUCGCAAUCCUCUCCUGUGGCAAAGACUCCUCGCUCCUCCUCCUCGUCUUCCCCUGCAGCCAGAGGUCGACUACAAGCUGCGAGUCCGGCCUACAAAGUGCUGUUCACAGGCGUGACGGAUGAAGCCUGGGAGAGAGGGCUGGCUCGUCUGGGAGGCAGCAUGGCUAAAGGUGUGGCAGACAUGGACUGCCUGGUGACCGAUCAAGUGCGCAGGACUAUCAAGUUCCUUUGUGCUGUGGCCAAAGGAAUCCCAAUUGUCACCACAUGCUGGUUGGAAAAGAGCGGCAAAGCUGGGAGCUUCCUGUCACCUCAUGCUUUUGUUGUGAAGGAUCCGGAGCAGGAGAAGAAGUUCGGUUUCUGCCUGCAGACGUCUCUGACGAUUGCCCGCAGUCAUCUUCUAUUACAGGGAUAUGAGAUCCAUGUUACGAAAUCAGUGAAGCCGGAGCCAGCUCAAAUGAAAGACAUAAUCUCCUGCAGUGGAGCAACAUUUCUACCCAAGAUGCCGUCUUCUCCCAAGCCCCGGACUGUCGUGAUUUCCUGCGAGGAGGACUGGUCACUGUGCGGCCCGGCCGUCUCUUCAUCCCUCCCAGUCGUCACUGCAGAGUUCAUUCUCUCAGGAAUCCUUCAGCAGAAAGUCGACUUACAAACACACACACUCCCUGCUCCUGUCACUAAUGCAGGAGGCAGAAGAAGGGGCAGGAACAAGACAUAGCAUGGAUACAGUCAUUCACCUUCACAGUGUAUGUACGGUAAAUCUGCAUAAGUGUUUUUGAUCUUAUAAUCUCCAGAUACCCCUUCAAACCAGAGACCUACAGAAGCACUAGUGACUCAGCUGUUUGUCUCUAUUAAAGACUCAUUUGUCAAAAGGUGAUUGUACAUUAAUGUAAAGACAUUUUGUACAUAUAUUGUCAGCAAUGGAAGCCUGCGUGUCAUUUUGCCAUUUAUGUUAAAAAACUAAUUUUAUAGGUACAACAACUGAGUGAUGUGAGAAGCUUUGCAGGAUGUUAAAUUAGGGUCCUGGAGGCUCCCCUCCUCCUCCUAUGUGUUCCAUCCCUCCUUUUAUACAUCAACAACCAACAGAGCACGAAUUAACACUGCUAAAUUGCUGCUACUCAGUAUGCUAAGUGCUUAAACUUAAUCAGCACUUUUGGCAGGUGACCAACCAUGAUGCAGGGAGUUGUAUAAAUUAUGUUGGGAUGGUGGAGCGCUGGAACCGAUGGGAUGUGUUUAGAAAUCCAUCAGCUACAGCUGUUAAAUGACGUGGGGGGAAAAAAAUCCUGUUUCCUUUCCUGAUAAGAAGAAGUGCAUAUAGUGCCUUUUAUACCGAGGAAGUCAAGAACCUAACAGUGUAUUUGUUGUUUCUAUGCCUCCAUUAACCACCACCACCUACUCCAUUAAGGCCUCGUCCAAUCCUAUUACCUCCACAGAUGAGCGGAGUGUAUGCACCCGAAUGCUGAUGCUGCCUCUACAUCAAUAUCUUAUGAUGUUUGUCCUUGCCAUGCAUUCACCAACUGUCUCUUUACUUUUUAGCAUGCAGCUUUGAAGGUUUGUUGUAAUUGUAUGGUAAAUGUCAUUGGUGUUUUAAAAAGAGACCCUUUAGCUCUAACAAAUCAUGAAAUCAGUCUGUACUGUCAAUGAAAACAUUAAACAUUUCCUAUUGCCUUUAA